AUGGGUACUAUGCCCAAGAAGGACUUAGCAUACGGCCGUUUCAGCAUGUACGCUGAUCAUACUUUCGGGACAUCGGUGUACAGUCCGUCCAUCGCAAACAUCACGCAUCAUUUCCAGAUCUCGCGAACCGUCGCUAUUCUCGGCUUGACGCUCUACACACUGGGUCUUGACUUCGGUCCUAUCUUCACUGCGCCGCUAAGCGAAGGCCACGCGCGGAAAAUAGUUUAUCUAAUCUCAUCGCCAAUCUUCAUGCUCUUCACGCUUGGCGCUGGGUUCUCAAAAAGCUUUGCCAGCGUCUGCGUAUGCAGGUUCUUCGCGGGUUUCUUUGGCAGUCCGGCACUUGCAGUUGGUGCGGGGACAAAUGCGGAUCUCUUCCCGUCCUAUAGACGGGCCGUAACUACGAGCUUGUUCUUGAUGGCACCUUUUGUAGGUCCGGCUCUGGGACCAGUCGUUGGAGGCUUCGUCGCACAGUACAAUAAUUGGCAGUGGACGCAAUGGUGCAUGCUCUUCAUCACGAUCGUCGUAUACAUUGCCGCUCUCCCUAUGAAAGAGACCUAUAAGCCGAUCAUCUUGAAGAAACGAGCUAUCAAAGCCGGAAUUCUCAUCAAGGACGAAGACAAAGACAUCAAGCGAUUGUUUGUUUUGAAAUUUAUCGGUCUUACAUUCAUCUCCAUCGCCAUCGGCGUCUUUCUCGGUGGCAUGACGGCAAUCAUCAUAGACCGCACAAUCUACCAGAAGAAGCAUCGCAAGGCAACCACCUCCAACAAGUUUCAUGUCGAGCCGGAGCACCGCUUAUACAGCGCAAUGGCUGAUUGCUGGGGUAUAUUUGUUGGACUUUUCUGGUUUGGCUGGUGCGCUGAUAAUGGUGUUCACUGGGGGCCAACGCUAGUCGGCGCUGUGCCAUUUGCAUGGGGAAACAUAUGCGUGUUUACAUCAUCCGCGCUUUACUUGACAGAUGUGUAUGGUCCUAUGAACGGCGCUUCGGCAAUGGCAGCAAAUGGUAUUGCAAGAUACACGCUGAGUGCUGUCUUUCCUCUCUUCCAGACUUGCUAUCAGUCAGUCAGUCAGUUCUUGAGGCAGCUGGACGCGGACUUCCCCAACGACGGCGACGACGACGACGACGACGACAAUUACGACGGGCUUGAUUUUAAGCGUGUGCCGUAUCUUGAGCGGCGCCAGGUUGAGCGUAAUAGUCGCGGUGGGCCAAAAAGCUGGAUCUACCGCCACGGCUGGGCCGUCUGGCACCGCAAGUACAAGAAAAACUACUGGCUUUGCCGGUACUGCCAUCAACGACGGAAGCAGGAGGCUUGCUACGAGGCUGACAGCACUACAAACGCCGGCCGACACCUCUCAAGCAACAAGCCUGGACACUCACACGGACCUAACGGACCUGUACCAAUUGCUAGCCGGGAGGGCAAUAUUAUGGGCGCGCUCGCAAAGUCCCAAGUAUAUAUUAUGAGGUCUAAAGGGAUAGAAGUAUCGCAAGAGGUAGCAAACGAGAUAGCAGCAAGCUUUUCAACCUCUCGAUUUCAGGACGCGCUGAAGGACUGGGUAGUCGCGGACAACCAGAGCCUUCGCGUAAUAGAAACGCCGCAGUUUCGAGCCAUGAUUGCGGCCGUGAGCCCGCUAGCCGAAGCUCUCCUUUGGCGUAGCCACUAA